AUACGGCUACGGCAAAAGCUGCGAAAAACCGAAAACGCGCUGAGUAGAAGAAGGGAGUGGUAUGUCAGUCAGUAACUGACGCACACAGCACAGCGGCACAGCAAAAAACGAGUCCAUCUAUAUAUUUUGAAAACAAUAUUAUUAACUACACAAAAUGUAAUAUAAAUUCGCUAAAAAUUCCCAAAAAAAAAAUGCAAGCUGAAAAAUAAUAUUAUAAAGUGCAACAGCAAAUGCGCGAGAGAGGAAACAACAACAACAACAACAAAAGAACUUUGAUAAAUGCACGGGAACGGCAAACGCAACAACGAAAGCAAUACCUUUAACAGUUUCAAAGUGAUUUUGGCAAACGGCGAAAGAAAAGUGAUAUAAAUCAACAAACGAGAAACGAAACUGCAGAUGUUAUAGGGUGGCUAGUUGAGGUGCCAGUUGGCAGUGUGCUGAGGGCCAGUGCGGCAGCCUGAGCCACAGCCAAAGAUAGCAACAGAACAGAAACCGAACCGAACCGAAAAAAGAAGGAAUCGAAGGUGGAGUUGAAGACGAAGUCGAAGUCGGUAAUUGCGAGCCAGAAUCAAGAUCAAGGAUGCCCGCUAGCCGCAACCGGCACAGGAACGGGCACAAUACAGCAGCAGCAGCAGCAGAAGUAGAGUUAGAGCAAGCAAUAGAGUUCGAGAGAGAGAUAGAAGUAGUAGAAGACGUAGAAGUAGUUGUUGUUGUGGAGGAGGAAGGAUCUGCGGAAGUAGCGCUACUCACAAGGCAGCUCAUGUCAAUGUCGAAGUCAAAGUCGGAGUCAAAGUGAAAGCAUUUUACUGCAGACGACACUGGAGUCGAUGUGAAAGAAGGUUGUGCUAUAUCUAAAUAGUAAAUAAAGUAAAGUAAAGUAAAGUAAAGUAAAUAAAUAAUAAAUAACAAAACAUAAACAUAAGCAACAAAAGCAUAAAUACAAAUACAAAAUACAAAUACAAAUUCAACAAAGCAAAAAAGCAAACAAAGAGCAACAAAAGCCCAAAGGGUACAUGAUAUAAUAUAUACAAACAUACACACACACCCACACCCACACACACAUUGCAUAUAUAUAUAGUAGAUAUAUGUAUGAUGUAAGGCAUCUGGCAUCUACAGUCAUAAGUAGUUUAUAAAAUUUUAUCGAACGGUCCAAAACUGGCAAGUGGCAAAAGUGUGAGCGCGUAGCAAAAGCAAAAGCGGAGACACAAUGUCUGUGGACUUUAUACUGCCCAAUCGCAACAAGAUACAAACGAUUGCCUAUGCGAGCAAGAAGUAUGCGACGACGGCUGCCACAGAACUCCAGAGCUGGCGACGUCCCAAGCCAAAGCCAAAGGCGGUGGCGAAGCCUCGAGGUGGACACCAGCAGCAGCAACAUCAGCAGCAUCAUCAACAUCUUCAGCCACAGCCACAGCAACAUCAUCAACAGCAACAGCAGACAACACUGCGCAAACUGAGAGCAGCGCCCAACUGCAACAAUUCGAACAAUUUCAAUCCCCAUUCAAAUGCGAAUCCUCAUGAGGAUGGCAAGUCCUCGGUGCUGCGGAAUGCCAAUAACAAUAACAGUAACAGUAACAAUGGCCAUGCCAAGAUGACGACGCUCAAGUCUAGCCCCAAGCCGAAGGAGACCAAGCGAAACGGAAGAGCUGCGCUCAAGCGUGAGAUAAUCGAGCUGGACGACGACGACAACAACGACAACAACGAUGUCGAAGAUGAUGAGGACAAUGUCCAUAACGAUGAUGCUGUCGAAGAUGCUGAUGAUGACGACGAAGAUGAUGAUGAUGUGGGUACGCCACCUGACGAACAAUUGGAAUGGUCGGCAGCACAAUCGCUGGUGCAAAUGAACUCCAAGCAGGAGAAACAGCGACGUCUGGGAGCAGUCAUAACAGCAACAGGAGCAGCAGCAGCUGGAGCAACAGCAGCAACAGGAGCAACAGCAGGAGUUGGAGGAACAACCACAGCAGUAUCAGCAGCCGCAGUAUCUAUGCGCCGUCCAGUGGCCUUUGGUCGCGCCCCAGCCGAGGAUGGCAAGGUGAUCUUCUAUGCGCCGCCAGCGAAUGCAAAUGGCGCUGCCCGUCAACCGCAGCCCAUCACAAUCAAACGCGAGAGGGAGCAACAGGUGGUUGCAGCUGCUUCGCCUUCGUCGUCGGCCAUCUACAGGGGACGCAGCGUGGAGGAGACGGAGGCGGCACAUGAUUUGUUGUCGCUGUCGCAGAGCUUGCCACCGCUGAUUCCACCCUGUGUGGUGACCAUUAUGAAGCAGGAGGUGGCACACAAGUCGCAGCCGGAGCAUUUGCCCAUCAUGCAGGAGAUCUCGAAUACUUCCAAGUCCGUGGUGCAGUCGCCGCAAUCGCCGUUGCAGUAUCACGGCAGCAGCGGGGUUAGCUCGAAUAUCAGAUUCAUUGGCAGCAGCUCAUACGACAUGUUGCACAAUGCGCCGGAGGCAUCGAACAAUUGCUCGCCCUUGACGCCGCCCAACUCCGAUCACAGCUCCGAUGUGGACAUCGAUAUGUCCUCAUCCUCUGAAUCCGGCCAACUGCAUUGGAACAACAAACAGCCGUCGUCGUCAUCGUCGGGGCAGCAACAGCAACGUGCCUCCGCCCUUAAGAUGUGUCUCAACAUGCUCGAUGGCCGCACCAAGGCCAGCAAGGCGGCCAGCAAGGACAAAGAGCACCAGCAGCGACCCAAAAGCAUCAGCAGCCAAAGCAGCUCCAUUGCCGUGGCCAGCGAUUCGUCCAACAGCGCAGCAAGUGGCGCCGCAGCUGCCGGCAAUGUUGCCACCGCAGGUGGGGGCAGCAAUGUGGCCACCGCGGGCAGCGGCGAGAACUAUGCGAAACGCAAGCGCGGCUGCUACAAGUGCACCGAGUGCGGCAAGCAGUAUGCCACAUCGAGCAACCUGUCGCGCCACAAGCAGACGCAUCGUUCGCUCGACUCGCAGUCGGCCAAGAAGUGCACCACAUGUGGCAAGGCCUACGUCUCGAUGCCUGCGCUGGCGAUGCAUCUACUUACGCACAAACUAUCGCACAGCUGCGACAUCUGUGGCAAGCUCUUCUCGCGUCCCUGGCUGCUCCAAGGUCACCUCCGUUCGCACACCGGCGAGAAGCCCUACGCUUGUGUCCACUGUGGCAAAGCAUUUGCGGAUCGUUCCAAUCUGCGGGCGCAUAUGCAAACGCAUUCGGGAGACAAGAACUUCAAGUGCCAUCGCUGCAACAAGACAUUUGCGCUCAAAUCGUAUCUGAACAAGCAUCUGGAGUCGGCUUGUUUGCGGGAUGCGGGCGCAAUAUCGUUGGGCAAGAGUGUGGAUGGGGAUCAUGAUGAGCCCGAUGAUGAUGAUGAGCUGAUGAAGCAUGAUAACGAACAGGAUGAGCUGGAGGCAGAUGAAAUGGACAGCGAUGAGAACAGUCAGGAUAUUGUGGUAGCUUAAAACAUCCACACAUAUUAUAUUAACAACUAAACCAAAAAAAAAGAGAGAAUCUAAUAUCCUACAACUAACCUUACCUAAUCUUAAACGAAAACAACUUUAUACCAAAUUCCUAGAAGCAAUACUCGAGCACCCUUAUAUCGAAUCGAAUUAAGCAAAUGUUUACGAAGAAACCAAUUCUCAAAUCAAUGCAAUGCGAAUCAGUCGAACUAGCCGCUUAUAUAGUUUGAGUAUGAGUAUGAGUAUGAAAAGUAGUGUUUGAGCAUGAGAUGGAACCCUUAGGAUGGAGAUGCAAUAUAAUAUAAUAAAUGAUGAUGCCAUGGAUCUCAAGUCAAUAGCAUAAUUUCCAUAUACACUAUAUAGUAUAUGCAUAUACUUACUUAACUUACUUAUUAUCAGUAUCAUGAUCAUUCUAUUUAUUAUACAUAUAGUACUAUGUAUAUCUUUAUGAUUAUACUGAAUCUAUUUCCGGUUUGGGUACAAUAGCCGAAUGAGCAAUACAACAUUCACCAAAAAGAAAACAAAAAUGAAAAAGAAAAAACAACGUUGGGCAUUUUUAUUGAAUGAACAGGAACAAAGAGCAAAACAAAAGGUUUAAAAGGAAAUCCAAAAUGUAACUUAUAGUAAAAAUCUGACACAACGAAUAUUAUGGAACAUAAGUAGAAAUUCUAUAUAUAUAUACAAAUCACAGAUCAAAUAAGAAGCAUAUAUACAAGUCAACAACAAGCAGCAGCAGCAGCUAUAGCAAAAGAGUAAAUGCAGAAAAAAAGCAAAUUAUAUAUACAUAUAUAUAUAUAUAUAUAUAUAGCAUAUACUUAUCUAUAUGAGAAAAACAUAUUGAGUACAUAGCGAGCAGAACCAAUUUGCAUGUUUUUUUGGGUAACAAAUACUUACUUUAAGGCAUCGUUUUUAGGGCUCUAGAGAUUUAUAUAGGUACAGGGUGACUAUAUAACAUAUACUACUUAACUAGCUAAAAAAAAGAAAACUAAAAACUAGACCGAGUAUUGUGCAAAGGAGAAUCCUUUCAAUCCAGCCAGACAGCCAGUCGAAAGUUUUUGGAGAUUCAUCAUCGUUGAAAGCGUUUUUGCCAAUACUCGUGCUUAUAUAGGCAAAAUAUAAUGAAAAUAAUAAUAAUAAUGAAAGAAAAAAGCUCAUUUCGAAUCUUAGCAACUAAUCAACUAGUGGACUUUUUAGCACUUCCUGUAACUCUCUCUCGCUCUUAGUCUUUUGAAUAUUUACUUAAUGCAAAAACCAAAAAACACUUACAAACAAGGCAUCAACGAGUUCGGUAGGCCAACAGCAAACAGAUUAGCAAUUGAAAUUGAUAUUGAAAUUGAAUAAUACUCACCACAAUUUUAAAAACAAACAAAAACAGCAAAUGCAACUUUACAUUCUUAACCCCUAUUUAAGAUGAAUAACUUCCAUAAUAUGCUCUAACUCGGAUAAACAAAAAACUACUUCAAUUACUUAGAAAUGAUUAAAAUUAAUGAGAAUACAAUUUAGAAACAUAUCACAAGGACAAUACUUAAACAUUAAUACAUUCAAAUUUAAUAUAAAACAAAACGAAACAAAACAAAAAAUGGAAUCAAUUAAGAACAUUGACAAACACACACACAUUCUCAUACAACAAAAAGAUAGCAAUUUGCAACAUAGUUAUUUUAUUACUAGACUUAGCUUAUGUACAUAUUUAAUCCAGAUUAUAAAAUAAUUUUAUACAAAACCAAAAAACCAAACAAACAAAUCCCAAAAUUAUAGCUUAAACUUUGGCAAAAGUCGAAGUUCAAUAUUCCGUGCAAAUGUCAGAUAAACUAUAUAUAUAUCCAUUUGGACGGAAUUAUGCCCAAAAUAAUUUGGGAUCGGCAUCAAGAGAAGAAGAUGAUGCGAAGAAGAGAUGUAGAGGAAGAUGGAGGAGAAGGAGGAGGAAGAGGAGAUGUAGAUGAAGCACUUGUAAAACAAAAUGAUAACUAAAAGCAAUUCCAAAAGUAAGUGACAUAGUUUUAAAAAUCGUAACUCUAUAUAAAAUUACAAAAACAAAACAAAAUAGUAUAUAUAAUAUAUAUACAAGAAAACAUGUAUUUAUUUUACGCGUAGUUUUUAUUCUGAAAAAAAAAAACAAAAAACAAACCAUAAGCAAGCGAAGGCCGAUGAAGAUGUAAACAAAUCUAAAAAGCAAAAACAAUUUAAUUAAAUUGUCAAUUAAAAUUAUUUCAUAAUUUAAGAAUUAAUGAAAGCUGACGCUGAUAGAGGUUAUUUUUUAAUGCAUAUAUAAAUAAAUAUAUAUAUAGAAGUAUAUAUAUUUAAAAACAACAACAAAAAAGAGGCAGUUUUAUAUCAAAAUUAAGCAUAGUAAAUGGAAGAAGAAAGAAGCGAACACAAACAAAAACAUUGAAAACAAUUCGAACUUAAUUAUACAACGAGAAAAAAGAAAACAAACAAACAAACAACAAAAACCAUAUAUUAAUUAUUAACUUCGGAGGUACAUGGACAGGCACACACAUACACACAUAGACAAACACACACACAGACACAUCCAAACAGACACAAAAUUUUAUAGCAAUAAAAGGAAAAAAAAGGAAUUAUUAUAAAUAUGGUAUAGAUACAUACACAUACAAUUACAAGUACAUUUGCCAUAUGCCGUAUUAAAUAGUAAACAGAAAAAAAGUAAAUGAAAAAUGAGCAAAAAAAAUGAGAUUAGAAUUUAGACCACAGUGCUAUGUGCAAUUGUUUAUAGGGCCAUAGUUCGAAAUCGUGUUUAUGCAUGGCUUUAUUGAUGAUUAUUGAUAGCGUUUUAAAUAGCAUUAAAUGCCUAUAUAUACAUACAUACAUAUAUACAUAAAUAAAUUAAUAAAAAACCAAAAAAAAAAAACAAGUAAAUAAAUAAAUUCCAUUGAACAGUAGUGGUAACAAUUAUGUGAUUUGCAAUUUUACAUUCAAAAUAUAUACAUACAUACAUAUAUAUACAUAUAAACAAAACAAAACAAAAACAAUUACGAACAAACAAACAAAAAAUAUAUUGUAUAUUAAGGCAAGCGUUUAAUUGAUUCAUUUACAAGUUAGAUUUAUUUAUACAUAUUAUAACAAACAAAAAAAAAAUUAAGAUAAAAUACAAAAAAAAAAUGCAAACAAAAUAUUUUUACACAGAAGCUUUGUUUUUAGACAUACAUACGACAAGUUAAUCCUCCCCCUUAGAGUCCCACGAUUCGACCAGAAAAAAACCCCCAAGAGAAGUGUGCACUUAUCCCUCAAACCCUGAAAGCCCCUGCCCCCGCCCCAGAAUUCAUUUCCAACAGACAGAUUGGUUGGAAAAAUCCAUGCAGAAUGAGAUCAAGUUCAAUGACACCAAUUAACUUUUAAUUAUUAUACAAAAUGAGAUAUUUUAUAAUGGACAAAAAUAAAAAUGUAAACAACCAAAAAACGAAAAAUCGAAAAAAAAUGAAAACCAAACAAAUGAAAUGAAAACAAAAGCAAAUGCAAAAAGAUGAUUAAGUGAAGUGAAGGUAUAUAACGUAAAGAUAUUAAUUUAUAUAUUCAUAUAUUAGAGAUGCAAAAAGACUUGAACAGUUAUAUAUACAUUUAAAUUGCAAUAUAUUGUAAACUUCAUUAAAACGGAUAUAUACACACACAUAUACAUAUACUACCACUUACACGCAUACCUACUCUAUAUAUGCUUACAGUUAUGAUGAACAACCGUACAUACAUACAUACAUUCAUACAUAUAUACAUUCUAGUAUAUAAAAUACCACAAACAAAAAAAAAGGAAGAAAGAAAAACAAAAACACGUAGCUAUGUCAACUUUGUCAACUCUUUUCAAUGAAAACGAACGACGACAGGCAGACAUUCAGACAGGCAAUGACAACCCUAUAAGUUAUCGCAACUACAAUUUUGCGCAGCAACUGUACUGUGUACUAGCAUAUAUUUAUGAUGAUGACGAUGAUGAUGAUGAAUGAAUACUCUCUUAUGUAGAUCCACAGCGAUUUUAAUGCAAUGCAUUUUUCUCUUAACUUACAUACGUACUUACUUAGCAUUCGUUCUUGUUCGAUUUAUCGAUUUAUCGAUCGACUUUUAGUUAGAUAAUGUUUUUCCUCUACAAUGUGGGAAUGUGCAAGCAAUUAAAUAGUUUCAGCUUUUGUAGGAAUUUAAAACGAAAACACAUAAUAACAAAUAAAAAUAUAUACAUAUACAUACAAGUAUAAUAAACAAAUUACUAAACGAAAAUCAACAUAAUAAUCAACUAACACACACAUAUACACAGAAACUCAAAAUGUAUCUAGAUGACUCGAAAUUAGCAAUUGCCCAAAGUAUUCUACAAUCUAAAUACACUCACACAGAAUCGAUCAUACUUUGAGCUAUCGUCUUAUCGAUAUCGAUAUCGUAUACAUAAUACUGCAUAACAGACUUACAUACAUACUAUACAAUUUACAUAUACAUACAAACGUACAUUGCAUUCAUAAGCAUACUACAAUUUUUACGGCAAAUAUGUAGAGUAUACUCGUAUUACCUAUUAUAUUCCCCAAAAUGCUUAUCCAUUCUUAAAUUUAAAAUGAAUACAUAAAACGAGAAACGAAAAAACAAUGAAAAUUCACAGAACCCAUAACGGUAUAAUAGUAUAUUCAUACUACAUUACAUUACAUUACAUACAUACGAUAAUACAUGCAUACAUACGAGUAUAUAACAGAAGGAAAUGCGCAAAAAGAAAAACACGGAAAAUGCGAAAUGCAAAUGGCAUGCAAUUUAACGAAUCGCAAAUGAAAUGAAAUGAAAUGAAAUGGAGUGAAGUAAAGUAAAAUGAAAA